AUGGUCUAUCGUGCCAACAAAUUCACACCACAGGUUUUGCUAUCAGCUCCACGGCGGUCCAUUGGAGUUCCUAACUCCGAUGCAAGCCUCAUUCUUUAUACGACGUCGACAUACAGCUUCGAUACGCACAGCCAGUCUUACUCACUUUGUCGCCCACCAACCACUGGUGGGGAGACUUACCGCCUUGCCAGUGCCGAGGGAAUUUCUAGUUUGAAUUGGCUCGACCACGACGAUCUCUUCACGUUCCUUUACGCAGGCAAGAAUGGCGAGACGAAGCUCGUGGUAGCUAGUCUCAAGGCGAUCACCGCAUCCGGAGAGAUGGAACUCGCGACCUCCUCUGAAGGUAAGGGAUUCUACGUUGCAGGAAGCAUCCAAGCACCAGCAGCCAAUCUCAAAGUCAAAAGUCUCACGCCGGGAAAGAGAUUCGCGGUUGCAGUCACCGCACGAGCUUCUCCUGAUGGUAGUCUGUACAAUUCAGAGACGGCUAAACCAACACACUCAACUGGUCGACUAUACUCCACAAUCCAAGUACGCGAGUGGGAUCGCUACGAGACUAAAGAACGGAACAAUCUGUGGUACGCGCAGCUCGACCGAUCGAACAAAGGAGAUCGAUUCAAGCUCUCUUCUUUCACUAAUGCCCAUCCUCGCCUCGGCCUGGAGUGUCCAAUUCCACCUUUUGGCGGUACGGAUCACUUCGACAUUAGCUCAUACGGCAUCAUUUUUGUGGCGAAAGAUCCUAAUCUCAGUCGUGCGCUCAAUAAUAAAUGCAAUACCUACUUGCUCAAGAUAUUCGACUGGGGUGGCGGAGAAGCUCCAAAACCCUUGCUGGUACAAACUCCUGGCUUUGACGGCGCGGCAACUUCACCCGUCUUCAGUGAUGAUGGUAGCCAAGUCGCUUUCCUCAAGAUGAAGACCAACGGUCAUGAUGCGGAAAGAAACGUCAUCUUCGGCUUCGGCACAGCCGAUGUUCCAGAUAUGGUUGCUACACAAAUCGCAGCUUCGUCCUGGGACCUCAGUCCGACUUCGGUGCAAUUUUCUACCACGAAUCCGGAUCGGCUAUACGUCACAGCGAGUGAUUCAGGAGUGGGAAGAAUUUUUGUCAUUGAUCGUGACGAAUCGUGGAAACCCCCUGUCGGAUCUAACACCGGCGGAAAUGUAUUAGAAGUCCGCCCACUCCCCGGCGGCGAAAUCUUCUUGUCUAUGAGCUCGCUCAUUGAUAGCUCUAUAUACGUCUUGCUCCAUUCCGAUGGAGAUGGAUCAUGGCCCCUCCCAGAAUGGGCAUCAUCUGUCUCUGAAGAUGGAAGUAAAUAUGGCCUGUCUGUGGAGCAGAGAGACUCUCUUUGGACCCCUGCAGGAAAUCCCACGGCUAGAAACCCAAGAAUUCAUAGCCUUGUCAUGCGACCUAGUGACUUUGAUCGCACCAAGAAAUACCCUGUUGCAUACAUCAUUCACGGUGGACCCUCGGAGGCAUGUGCGGAUAUUUGGUCCUAUAAAUGGAACCCUGCAGUCUUUGCUGAGCAGGGCUAUAUUGUCAUCAUGCCUAAUUUUACGGGAAGCUCUGGUUAUGGGGCUGCAUUCACCGAUGCCAGCCGUUGCAACUGGGGUGGAACCCCCUAUGAAGAUAUCGUCAAUGCCUUCGACUGGAUUAGUGAAAACAUGCCGGAAGCAGACAAUGAUCGCGCAGUGGCGCUAGGUGGUAGCUAUGGGGGUUAUAUGGUCAAUUGGAUCCAAGGUCACGACCUCGGCCGAAAAUUCAAGGCCCUCGUCUGCCAUGACGGAGUCACCAGCCUCGCCGGCUGCUUCUACUCGACGGACGAAUUCUACUUUCCCAUGCACGAACUCGGCGGCUGGGAUCCCUCCGCCUUUUUCUCCGAAUGGCAAACGCCCGAACUCGUCAUCCACAGCUCCAAGGAUUACCGGAUCGCCAUCUCGGAGGGUCUGGCGGCGUUCAAUAUCUUGCAGGCCCGCGGCGUCGAAAGUCAAUUCCUCACCUUUCCCGAUGAGAACCAUUUGGUCUCCCAGCCGGAGAAUUCGCUCGUCUGGUAUAAGACCGUGCUGAAUUUCAUCAAUAAAUUCGUCGGCAAGAGGCCUUUUACGGUCGAGGAUCCGGAGGGUGAGGAGUAUUUCGGAGGUAUCAAGGAGGAGGAGGUGGUGGUGUCGUCGUUGGGCAAGGUCACGAUUUGAGAAGAGUGAGCGUGAUUAAUGGAGGACGGGCUCGAUUUUGAAGCUGUCCAUUGUUGAUGAUGAUAUGACCGUUAUUUAGAAAACAAAUGCACGGAUCGGUUCUGAGCCGUACACAACUCUGCUCUGCCGUACAUGGCUUUUCCCCCAUCCGACAACACAGUAGAUCCUUCACCGAAAUUUCCCAUUCUCGUCUAAUCGAACAUAUCCGUCUUCCCUCCCAUCAUCGCUCGAACGCGCGAUCAUCCGACAUCGGCUCGGAAGUUUCUACAGAAAAAAAGAAAUGUACGCCUUCAAGUAACGCCGGCUAUCCCUCAACAUAAUCCUACAAAAAGGAAACCACCCCAUUC